CUUGCUUUUCACUCCAUUCUGUUCCAUUCUUUCUCUCAAGAUGCUCCGUGGCCGUCUGUUGAUGGCCGGCGUGACGUCGGCGUGUGGGAUGGGGUUUCUGCUAUUCGGCUACGACCAAGGCGUUCUCGGGGGAGUGAUCAAUUCUCCCACCUUCACCCAGCAGUUCAACCAUCCUUCAGCCACCCUUCAAGGCUUCAUGACCGGCAUCUACGAUCUCGGCUGUCUGCUAGGCUCCGUGUCAACCUUUGUCUUCUCCGAGCGCAUUGGACGCAAGAAAUCCAUGUAUUUUGGCGUCUUCUUUGCCCUGCUGGGAACCAUUCUCCAGACCACCGCGUUGUCCGUCAAAGACUUCAUCGCAGGGCGCGUCAUCACCGGCCUCGGCAUCGGCAUCAUGACUGCCAUUGUUCCUACCUGGCAAUCGGAAGUGUCGCCGGCAAAACAACGGGGCCAGCUUCUAACCGUGCAGACGGCACUGAUCACAACCGGGUUCGCCCUCUCGAACUGGAUCUGCCUGGGGGCUUCAUACGCAACCUCAUCUAUCCAGUGGCGUCUCCCCAUCGCCUUGCAGGCUGUCUUUGCACUCUACACGGCCCUUUCGGUGCCGUUCCUGGUGGAAUCGCCGCGGUGGCUGGCGAACCAUCGCGGAAUCGACAGUGCAGCAGAGGUGAUUGCCCGUCUCCACGAUUGUGAAGUUGACGACCCGCGUGUUGUCGCCGUCAGACUGGAGAUCGAGGCUACUAUCGAGCUGCACAAGGAGUCGACUGGUUGGAAAUGGAUUUUCUCCAGCCAGGACCAGAAUCUACGGCGGAUGAUGCUUGGUGUGGUGGGUUUAUACAUGCAGCAGAUGUGUGGAAUCAACUCGAUCGGAUAUUACCUCCCCAUCAUCCUACACGAAUAUAUCGGCCUCCCCCCGCAUACCGCCUUAAUCCUGGCCGCCGUGGGCGCCACACAGUCAACGCUGGUGGCCUACGCUUCCGUCUGGGUGAUCGAGCGCGCUGGACGACGCAAAUGUAUGCUCUUCGGCGCGUGUGGGCUGGCCGUGAUCUCUGCCAUGAUCGGGAUGGGCCUGUGUCUGCAUACGAAGAGCAGUCUUACUGGGGCGGUGGUGAUGUAUUUCUUAUUCUACGACGUGUUUAACCUGAGCUUCCUGAACACACCAUGGCUGUAUGCACCGGAAAUCAACAGCCUGCAGACUAGAGUCAAAGGGGGAGCUGCUGCGUCGGCGUCGAACUGGCUAUUCAAUGGAAUCGUUGUUGCCAUCACUCCCAUCGCCUUGCAGAACAUCGGCUGGCGGUUCUAUUUGAUCUUCGUCGUCUUCAAUCUCUCCUUCAUUCCAAUCAUCUACUUCUGCUACCCAGAGACAAAAGGCCUGUCGCUCGAGCGGAUCAAUGAUCUCUUUCUGGGGGAUGCCUCGGGCUGGAAAUGGCUCACGCAGGGCGUCAAGGAGAGUGUUGAGAUUGCUAAUCACAGGGAGAGUGUGCAGAUUGAGAAUAAGGAUAGUCUGAUCUAGAGAGAAUAGGCUGGAUAAUCGAUGCUGAUGCUAGAUGAAUAGAAUAACUUAUCAUUUAAUGGACUUAGUAUAUGGCCAAG